AAUAAGACGAGAGAAGUCAAAAGACAUAACAGACAAUUGAAAAGAAGUGUCGGUAGACUCAGAACCUUAUCAGCGUCCACGUACAUGAAUAUUAUUGGUUGCCUCGGGGGCAUUAAUGUUCUGGCAUUAGUGUUUCAUUCAGAAGUUGACAAAUACUCAGGGUAAAACCUGCAGCCAAUGUUUUGAAAUCAAUUUUUGUGUGAAGUUCAGGGAAAGUCAAGAUUUUUGGGGCAUAAUGAGGAAGUUCAAGCGGGCGCAGGCCCAAAAUCAAGCGUCCAUUGAACGACACCUGAACGGUAAAGUUCUGGAGUCCUCCAGUGAUGAGGAAAACGAGACCUCUCAUGAGUCUCUUCAGCAAGCUGUAUCCAAAACAUUGUCUUCAUAUGAGUUUGAAGGAGGAGAUACAGAGAAAACCCUUUCGUAUCUGACAGAUUUGUUUCAGUCCGGAGGUGCUGUUUGCCUCAUUUGUAUAUCUUCGGUGAAGAAGAACGACCCAAUAUGGAGUUGCUCCACUUGCUACUCUUUUCUCCACCUGACGUGCAUCCAGCACUGGAUCCGGGACUCUCUGGCCUCGAAGCUCUCGAAGGGCAUCAAAGCCCCUGUGUGGGCAUGCCCCAAAUGUCGCACAGAAUACCCGGAGUCCUCGAUCCCCACCUCCUACUUCUGCUUCUGUCUAAAAACCAAAGAUCCACCUCCCCAGCCCUGGAUAAUUCCUCACUCUUGCGAGGAGAAAUGUUCAAAGCCCCUAUCCCCCCCAUGCGGUCAUACAUGCAUGCUCCUCUGUCACCCAGGGCCAUGUCCUCCGUGUCCAAAAAUGGUGACAACAACGUGUCACUGUGGCAAACAACCCCCCCAGCCCCGUCGUUGCAACACAAAGCUUUGGAGCUGCAGGACCACCUGCAGCAAAGUCCUCCCCUGUCACCACCUCUGCAGAAUCGAGUGUCACACUGGUCCUUGUCCACCCUGUCCAGAGAUCGUUCCCGCCCCCUGUCACUGUGGUACCUCGACAAAGUCCCUAGAAUGCUCCGACACGACCUGGAGAUGUACCAGGAAAUGUACAACACAGCUGAACUGCAAGAUCCACACCUGCGAGGGUUUCUGUCACGCCCUAGGGGACUGCGGCGACUGUCCUGUUGCCAAAAACAGGACCUGUCCCUGCGGAAAGAAGCGCUACAACGUCUCCUGCAAGCAGAAGACCCUCCCCACGUGUGGUGACACCUGUGGUAAGCUCCUGGAUUGUGGAACCCACUUGUGCAACAUGAGGUGUCACUUGGGUGACUGUGGCCAGUGCCUGGAGGUGGUAAAGAAGACCUGCAAAUGUGGAUCAUAUACGAAGGAGGUAUCCUGCACGAAGGAGUUCCAUUGCAACAAGAAGUGUACAAAUAUGAGGGCAUGUGGUAAGCAUCCCUGCAACAAGAAGUGCUGUGACUGCACCAAAACUGGUGUUAAUCCCUGUGAGAAAACCUGUGAAAGUUCCCUGAACUGCAGAAAGCACAGGUGCACAGCUCCAUGCCACUCUGGCCCCUGCUACCCCUGCCCCAGAACCAUAACUAUUCAGUGUAGAUGUGGUAACAGUAAGAUUGAAGUGCCCUGUGGCACCAAGAAGAAGAUUAAACCCCCUCACUGCAACAAAUUGUGCAAAAUCCCGCCGAUUUGCCAUCAUCCCAAGCAGGAGUCACACAAGUGUCAUCAGGGGAGUUGUCCUCCUUGCAAGAAGAUCUGCAACCAGGUCUACAAGAGAUGUGGCCAUGAUUGUGUGGCUGUCUGUCACACGAAGGUGUGGGUCAAGGUCAGGGUGAAUGGGGUAGCACAACCGGUUGGGCCCUGGGAGAUCUCCAGGGACAGGAUGGAGUUGCAGACUCUUCCUUGUCCACCCUGCGAGGUGUCUGUCAUGGUGACAUGUCUAGGAGGACACGAAACAAGGCCCUGGCCGUGUCACAUCGCCAUUCCUGGAUCGUGUGGACGAGAGUGCGGGAGGGCUUUACCUUGUGGCAAUCACACGUGUGAGACGGUGUGCCAUAGGGUAAAGAGCGAAGGCGGAGACAAUGGAGAUGACUGCAUGGAGUGCGAGGAGCCAUGCAGACUAGAGAGACCCGAGGGUUGUAGCCAUCUGUGCCCUGAGAGGUGCCAUCCUGCACCCUGUCCUCCUUGCAAACAACCUGUUAAGAUCCCUUGCCACUGCGGACUCAAUAGUUUGUACAAGAGGUGUGUUGAGGUCACUGGGAAGAAGGGGAGGGAUAGGGACGAGAUGCUCAAGUGUGGAAAUCAGUGUCCACGAAAUUACUCAUGUGGACAUAGAUGCAUCGACAACUGCCACCCUGGCAGCUGUCGUUCCUCAGACGUAUGCAGCAAACGAAUUAAAAUAACCUGCAAAUGCCAAAGAAUAAAGAAAACAGCUCUCUGCACUGAAGUCCAGCGAGGAAAUGUCAAGAUAGAGUGUGAUCAUCAGUGCAAGGAAUUGAAGCAGCAGAAGGAGCGGGCGCAGGCGGUGGAACUCGCCAGGAAGAAAAAAGAGGAGGAACUGAAGAAUCAGAUGGAAGUGGAGAAGUUUGAGAGGAAGUUCAAGCCACGGAGAAAGGGAAAGGACAGGGCUGAGAGUGUGGAAUCCUCGAGGAGUAACAAUUACAGGUAUAUUAUGCGAGGGGUUUACUUCGCUGUAGUCUGCAUCAUCGUCGCCAUCGUAACGUUUUAUAUGACUGAGAGGAUGUAAAUUACUCUGCCAUCAUUUUUAUCGUAAGUAGUUAGUUUCAUUUUCAUGUUCAGUCAUUACCAGUCUGUGAGAUAUGUCAAGUUUCAUUAAUGUGCAUUUGUAAUUCAAUUAAAAAUGGAAAAUGUCAGGUAUAAA